AUGGCCCUCCUUUGGCUUCUGUCCUGCUUUGUCCUCUCAGCAGUUGCAGCUGCAUAUGACUGCGGGGUCCCUGCCAUCCCUCCUGAGCUGAGUCACCUGUCCAGGAUCGUCAAUGGCGAGGAUGCGGUUCCUGGCUCAUGGCCCUGGCAGGCGUACCUGCUGGGUGAAGAUGUCUACCAAUGUGGGGGCUCCCUCAUCUGCAAGGACUGGGUGGUGACCGCCGCCCACUGCGAGGUCGGGACGACUGACAAGGUGUUUCUUGGGGUGUAUGACCUGAGCGCUCCUGAUGAACACUGGCAAGUCCUGGACGUUGAAGAGGUUUUCACGAAUACCAACUUCACCUUAGAGACAAUAAGCUACGACAUCGCCCUGAUAAAGCUGGCCACGCCUGCCCAGUUCACUGAGAGGGUGUCCCCCGUGUGCCUGCCCCGUCCCUGUGACCACUUCUGUCCUGGGACUGAGUGUGUCACCACUGGCUGGGGCAUGACAAGUGUCUUCCCUCCGGACGCCUCCACCAAGCUGCAGCAGGCGGUCCUGCCUCUCGUGUCCACCGAGGAGUGCAAGAAAACCUGGGGCGACAAGAUCACUGACCAGAUGAUCUGCGCCGGGGCCAAUGGCGUCUCAUCCUGCAUGGGUGACUCUGGCGGCCCCCUCGUGUGCAAGAAGCAUGGAGUUUGGACAUUAGCAGGCAUCGUGUCCUGGGGCAGUGACACCUGCUCCACCUACACCCCUGCUGUGUACAGUCGUGUCACUGCACUCAUGUCCUGGAUUUGGGAGAUUCUGGCACACAGGAGCUUCUCCGGCGACCUCACAAGCCUGGUCAGCGUGGGCCGCGUCGUCCUUCAUCGCUUCCUCUCUCUCCAGGACAAGAGGCCCGAGCUUCG